AUGGAUGUCUUCCAUCUUACAACCCCAAAUAAGCGCCUCGAAGGACAUGUGAUUGAAAAACUAUUGCCAGUUGGAAUGCAAAUGUGUAUGAAAGAGUGUUCUGUUCGAACACUUUGUAAAUCUCUGAAUUUUUGUCGUAAUCAGCUCACAUGCGAGUUAUCCUCUUCCAAUGCGGAAAUGCAUUCUGACGAUUUGAUUGAUGAUUCGGAAUUCUUAUACGCUGAGAAAACGGACCUACCACGGAGAUACUCUCAAGAAUGCAAUAAAACAUGUUUCUUUGGAAGCAAAUGCAUCAAUUUAUCAUCAGGUCCAGUUUGUCAAAUAUCAGAUUGUCCUGCUACUCAUCCAGACAGCAACACCACCUCUGUUCAGGUGACCUCAACACGGGUUGGUACCGUCCUGAGGUACAACUGUACAGAAUGGCCUCAGAUUUCUCUGACCUCCACUUGUCUACCUAACGGGACAUGGUCAUCGGAAUCAAACAAAUGUAUUAUAAACCUACCAGAUUGUUUCAACAGUGAAAUAUCCUGCUGGUUUAAAUUUAAUUUCACCUACAGCAGUUAUUGUGAUUACUGUAAAGGAACGCAAUAUGUCAAGAAGACGAAUUAUACAUCGGCUCCCUAUGUUGGAAUCAUCCUUAAUACAUCCCAGACACCUGCUUACAGAUAUAAAAUUUUGUUGGGAUCCAAUCUUUCUGGCACAUUUUAUGACGUAGCAGAAGAUAAGUAUUACUUGGAUUCUACUCUGAAGAAGCACUGUGAUUUGGUUGGAGGGAGUCAGGAUAAAACACCAUCCUCUGCAGAUCACCAUUUCAAAAUAGGCAACAAAAUUUUUUAUCGGACCUCUUUCGACGAUGACUUUACAUUUGACUACGUUAGAGAAGAAAAUCGAUAUUACACCAAAUGCUAUUAUGAGUGCAGAGUUGUCCUUCCAUUUUUAUACGAGCCAGACUGCUAUAGCACCACCAAAUCCUGUUGGUAUCGAUAUGAUUUUGCUUCUGAUGAUACAUGGAAUGGUUGCCCCAGCGGUGAACGGUACAUCAAAAAGACAAACCUCAGUUCAGCACCAAUUGUAGGAAUCGUCAAAUGCAGUCACGAAAGAUACCAAUUGUAUCUAGGAGCAAGUAGGACAGACUUAUUUCUAAAUGUUGGUGAUAGUGAUGGUACUGGUGAAAAACUAUGUGAACUUGUAGGAGGACUGGGAACAAAUGUGGUGACAGCGAAUGACUAUGACAGCGCACCAACAAUGAAAGGAUACUGUUUAUCGGAACUGGAACAAGAAUUUAACAUCAGUAGUAUUGGUCGUAAUACUGGAUGUAGAAGUAACUCCUGGUAUGAAUGUGGUGUAAGCCUCCCAGCAGGUUGGUACAGGUACAACAUUAGUUACAUUGCAGCCCCAAAUUACGGCAUGAACGUGUAUUCUUGUUCUGGAGAUACUUACGUUCGAAAUACCACAACUAAUUCCUUACCUUUUGUGGCAGCAGUAGUUUGCAAAGGUUAUGAAAAUAUGAGAUAUAAACUCUAUGGAGGUUCGAAUCUCACAGAUAGCUUUACGGAGAUUUAUCGCCAUACGGACUGUGGAAAUGAUUGUGAUCUUGUUUACGGCUAUCCAUAUGAUGAAGUGCAAAAUUGUCCAUCUUCAACCUUCACAACCUCCUGUACAUCGAUUAAUGAUUGCAGUAGCGUUCCUGGUUAUUAUCGAUAUAAUGGAAGUGGAGAAUUCAGUUAUGGAUGCUUCAAUGCCAGCUUGUACAGAUGGUAUUAUUACAAAGAAUACAUGGAAUGUGGAAUCCAAGUUCCUUAA